CUGUCUCGUACUUCCUAUUAAUAUUGGAAUGAUUGUGCAGGACCCAUAUAAAAGAACAGCCAACACCAGGAUUUAACAUUCGCUGUUCACAGUGCAACAAAAACAAACGUAUCGAAAUGGCAGCUAAGUUCGUGAUUGUCGCUAUGCUGGUGGCCGCAGCGCACGGCAGCGCGCUGCACGGCGCCGACUACACCAGCUUCUCGUACGGCGUGUCGGACCCCCACACCGGCGACGUUAAGAGCCAGCACGAGACCCGCGUCGGAGACAGCGUGGUGGGCCAGUACUCCCUGCUCGACUCUGACGGCACAAAGCGUACUGUCGACUACGCCGCCGACGCCCACUCCGGCUUCAACGCCAUCGUCCGCAAGGACCCCGCCUUCAUCGGACACGCCGCUCCCGUGGUCGCUCACGCCGCCCCCGUCGCGUACGCCGCUCACGCCGCCCCCGUGGCGUACGCCGCUCACGCCGCUCACGCCGCCCCCGUGGCGUAUGCCGCUCACGUCUCCCCCGCUCACUCCUCCGUGUCUGCGUACUCAACCUCCCUCGCUCACGGCGGUUACGCCGCCGCCCCUGUGGCCGCCUACGCCGCUCCCCUCGCGCACGGUGUUGGCUACGCCGGACUCGGUGCUCACGGUCACGGUGUCUAUGGCUCUCCCCUUGGAUACCACUACUAGAUAAUUUAUUGUGUACCUGUGUAGAUAUGUAAAUGAUUGUGACCCUGUCUGUAAUGACGAACAUACUGUGAUGAAAUAAAUACUCUUAUUGGUGACUCCAAAAUAAUAUUUUAUUUCUUACCAUGUUUCUAAAGAAAGAGUUUCUCAGUUCAUCGGUACAUUUGUGUUCCAGUAAUGAUAGAUAAAUUUAUGUUUAUUGUAAACCUCUGUCGAGAGACUUUUUCAUUAUUUAAUUGAACCUCGUAAAAUACACUUUAAUAAAUUAGGUAGUUGGAAUGCCAAAUAUCUUAUCUUUGUUACCUUAGUUUUAAAUUAUUGCCUCACAGCAUAGAACUAAUAUUGUUCAAUUACUCAUACAUGAAUUGCAUUACUCGCUCGAUUGAUUAAAAAACAAUAAAGCAUUGUGAUACAAUGAUUUAUAUUAAAUUGCUAUUACUUAAUUGACAACAUUAAAUUUAAUAACAGAGACCUUGUUUAUUCAAAGGCAAUUCAAAAGUUAAUUACAUGCA